GAGUGUCAGCUGCGGCAGGCUUACAGCUGUUCCCCUGCCUGUGCAUUCUUCUCUAUGUUCAACCUCAUGCUCUUCCCUAGCAGCCAUUCAACUCUUACAGUGCAAUUCUCUGCUCUGACCUAACUACACACUUUUUUCCAGCUGCACGCUUACUGACAGCAGCAGGCAGGGGAGCAGUUAAAAAAUAGGAACAGGCAGAUAAGGAGGGGUUUCUCUCCUUAGCAGCCCUUUCUCUAGGAAGCUGGUUCAGCCUACUCUGCUUGGAAGAAUAUCUUAUAAUUGACAGCUACUUCUAACAGAAGAAUUCAAGACUCUUGUCUGUUUAAGUAUAGUGUCCCCCACCAAGCUUCCUAGGGUGGGUACUUUGUGCACUCCCCUGGUGGUACUGGAGAAGGAGCGCAUGUGAAGUAGGCAGCACCUGUUGGAUCCUGGUGACAUCAGUCGCACUGUGGGCACCUCUUCCUUCCCAAGGAUGGAGGAUGAAGCGGUUUUGGACAGGGGGGCUUCAUUCCUGAAGCAUGUCUGUGAUGAAGAGGAAGUGGAAGGCCACCACACUGUCUAUAUUGGUGUCCAUGUUCCAAAAAGCUAUAGAAGGAGGAGACGUCACAGGCACAGGACUGGUCACAAAGAAAAGAAAGAAAAGGAGAAAUCAUCUGAAAACUACUCAGACCUAGACAAGUCUGAUACUGAAAAUGCUGAUGAAACCAGCUCUAGCAUCCUCAAGCCCCUCAUCUCACCAGCUGCGGAGCGCAUCCGGUUUAUCUUGGGUGAGGAUGAUGACAGCCCUGCACCCCCGCAGCUCUUCACAGAGCUGGAUGAACUUCUAUCUGUGGAUGGCCAAGAGAUGGAAUGGAAGGAGACAGCAAGGUGGUUGAAGUUUGAGGAAAAGGUGGAGCAAGGUGGUGAACGAUGGAGUAAGCCUCAUGUUGCCACUUUGUCCUUGCACAGCUUAUUUGAACUGAGGACUUGCAUUGAAAAAGGGACAAUACUGCUUGACCUUGAGGCUAAUUCACUCCCACAAGUAGUAGAGAAAAUACUUGACAACCAGAUUGAGACGGGGCUGUUGAAGGCGGAAUUGAAGGACAAAGUGACCUACACAUUGCUCAGGAAGCACCGACACCAGACAAAGAAAUCCAACCUGCGCUCCUUGGCUGAUAUAGGAAAAACUGUCUCCAGUGCAAGUAGGAUGUUUACCAGUCCUGAUAAUGGAGUGAGAGAGGAGGGCCUGGUGAAAAACUCAUUCCUUUCAGCCCGCAGUCCUCUAGAGACUUCUGUGCCCUGUCUAGCAACCCGCAUGUCGGAUGAUGAUCUCCGAGUGCGGCGCAGCCCCAGCAUGGGAUUGCUCAGCAGUCCAACAAUGUCCCCAAGAAAUUUGACAUCUUCCAGCCUGAAUGAUAUUUCCGACAAGCCUGACAAAGACCAGCUGAAGAAUAAAUUCAUGAAAAAGAUACCCAGAGAUGCAGAAGCAUCCAACGUUCUUGUGGGGGAGGUGGAUUUCCUGGAAACCCCUUUUAUUGCUUUUGUCCGGUUGCAACAGGCGGUUAUGUUUGGUGCCCUGACAGAAGUUCCUGUACCUACCAGGUUCCUGUUUAUCCUGUUGGGCCCAAAGGGAAAAGCAAAGUCCUACCAUGAAAUUGGAAGAAGCAUUGCCACCUUAAUGUCUGAUGAGGUUUUUCAUGACAUUGCCUACAAAGCAAAAGACAGACAAGACUUGAUUGCUGGAAUUGAUGAGUUUCUGGAUGAAGUCAUUGUACUUCCACCGGGUGAAUGGGAUCCUGCAAUACGAAUAGAACCACCCAAGAGUAUUCCAUCUUCUGAUAAAAGGAAAAACAUGUAUGCAGGGGGGGAGAAUGUGCAGAUGAAUGGAGACACGCUUCAUGAUGAAGGUCAUGGAGGAGGUGGACAUGGGGAUUGUCCAGAGCUAAAAAGAACUGGCCGGUUUUGUGGAGGACUGGUAGAGGAUAUAAAGAGAAAAGCUCCAUAUUUUGCAAGUGACUUUUAUGAUGCAUUAAGCAUCCAGUCUCUUUCUGCCAUGCUCUUUAUUUACUUGGGAACAGUAACCAAUGCCAUCACCUUUGGAGGUCUUCUUGGAGAUGCUACAGAAAACAUGCAGGGUGUCUUGGAAAGCUUUUUAGGCACAGCAAUCUCAGGUGCUGUGUUUUGCCUUUUGGCUGGUCAGCCUCUUAUUAUUCUAAGCAGCACUGGUCCUGUCUUGGUUUUUGAGAGGCUUUUGUUUAAUUUCAGCAGAGAUAAUGGAUUUGAUUAUUUGGAGUUUCGAUUGUGGAUUGGCCUAUGGUCUGCUUUCCUGUGUCUUGUGCUUGUUGCCACCGAUGCUAGCUCACUAGUCAAGUACUUCACUCGCUUUACAGAAGAAGGAUUUGCUUGCCUCAUCAGCUUCAUUUUCAUAUAUGAUGCUUUUAAAAAGAUGAUCAAAUUUGCUGACUACUACCCAAUCAAUACUCAUUUCAAAGUUGGAGACGUCACUUUGUUCAGUUGCACGUGUCUUCCACCUGACCCAGCAAACAUUUCACUGUUUAAUGGGACAACAGAAUCGCCUUUGGACUUCUUCUCUACCACCAUUGAUAUGGAUAUGGAUCACAAUAACACUAUAAAUUGGUCGACUCUUACCAAGAAGGAAUGUUUGAAGUAUGGCGGUAACCUAGUUGGAAACAACUGUAAAUACAUUCCUGAUAUAACAUUAAUGUCCUUUAUCCUGUUCUUUGGUACAUAUGCAUGCUCAAUGGCUCUAAAGAAGUUCAAAACCAGUCGCUAUUUCCCCACAACAGCACGGAAGCUGAUCAGUGACUUUGCCAUCAUAUUGUCCAUCCUGAUUUUCUGCGGAAUAGAUGCACUUGUUGGAGUAGACACACCAAAACUGCUUGUGCCCAGUGAGUUUAAGCCAACAAGUCCACACAGAGGCUGGUUUGUCCCACCCUUUGGAGGAAACCCCUGGUGGGUGUACCUUGCUGCAAGUCUUCCUGCUCUUCUUGUGACUAUUUUGAUCUUCAUGGACCAACAGAUCACAGCUGUCAUUGUUAACAGGAAGGAACACAAACUCAAGAAAGGAGCUGGCUAUCAUUUGGACUUGUUUUGGGUUGCUGUUCUGAUGAUUGUGUGCUCCUUCAUGGCUCUUCCCUGGUAUGUGGCUGCUACUGUCAUCUCCAUUGCUCACAUCGACAGCUUGAAAAUGGAAACAGAAACAUCAGCCCCUGGAGAACAACCCAAGUUCUUGGGUGUCAGGGAGCAAAGAGUUACAGGAGUCAUGGUCUUCAUUUUGACCGGUGUAUCUGUCUUCAUGGCCCCAAUCCUAAAGUUCAUCCCUAUGCCUGUGCUGUAUGGAGUCUUCCUGUAUAUGGGUGUUGCAUCUCUUAAUGGAGUUCAGUUCAUGGACCGCCUCAAGUUGCUUUUGAUGCCUGCAAAACAUCAGCCAGAUUUCAUCUACUUACGUCAUGUUCCUCUGCGCAGGGUGCAUCUCUUUACUUUCAUUCAGAUAUUAUGCCUGGCACUACUCUGGAUCCUCAAAUCAACUGUGGCUGCUAUAAUAUUUCCAGUUAUGAUCCUUGCACUUGUGGCAGUGAGAAAGGCCAUGGACUACCUGUUUUCCCAGCAUGACCUCGGUUUCCUCGAUGAUGUCAUCCCUGAGAAGGACAAGAAGAAAAAGGAGGAUGAGAAAAAAAAGAAGAAAAAGAAGGGAAGCGUGGACAGUGACAAUGAAGAUUCUGACACUCCUUAUUCAGAAAAAGUACCAAGUAUUAAAAUUCCUAUGGACAUCAUGGAAAAGGAACCAUUCCUAAGUGAUAGCAAACCUAGUGACAGAGAAAAACCUUUUACAUUCCUUGAGCGACACACAUCAUGCUGAAAGAAUACCUUUUCUUCAGUCACAUAUGCCAAGCCCACCAAGCACUCCAAUACGAAUUGUGCCUCAGAUUAGAAUAGAGAUCGAGCCAGAUGAUGACUCUUAUUUCUGGAGGAGCCGGGGAACAGAAACAACUUUAUAAAGCUGUGAACCAUAGCCUGCAAUUGUUUUUUGUCUGUUUUUUGUUAUUUCACUUUUUUGGUCACUAGCCAAAUAUGAAAUCAUCUUUGCACUUUUCACAAAUAAUGUGAAAAGCUUCUGCCUACAGCAUUUUGUAAAUAGCUUGCGCUUCCUUCAUUAUGUUAAUAAUCUCACCAAUUUCUGUUUCAUCGCUUCUGUAAAUGCUUUUUUUUUUAACCUUUUUUUCAUCCCACUAAAACGAAAGCACAUAUUUUAUGUUUAUGCUGUAAUUAUCGCUGCUAUGUGAAGCGAAUUCCAUACAGAAUAACUAUGCAGAUCUUUCUAAGAGUCCCACAUGCCAUCCUGAGUUAAUGCAUGUUCGGACCCUGAAAGACUAGAACAUUAGAAAAAAAUAGAUCUAUAGGUACACGGCUUAACGAAUUGCCAUAUAAUAAAUAUCCCUUGUCUUUGUAUCUUCUUUGAAAUACUUUUUGGUACUCUGUAUAAAAUGAAGCAACAUAUUUAAUACCUUCUAAAUUUUGUCUUUAAAUUAUGGGGCCUAACACUGAACAUAUAUUGUAAUAAUUUUUUUUUAAGAAACUUUUUUAAUGACUGUAAAGAAAAUGAAUUUUUUUCCUGCAGCAGGAAAUUUAUAGUUUGAAGUAGUUCUACCUCUUAUAUGUAGGAGCUGGGCUUUUAUUUUUCUGUAUGAAUGUUUUGUGUACAAUGUGAUUAUAACGUAUCUCGAUCUCCAUGUUAAGCGAGUGAUUAAAUCCUUCAAAGUUUUAUAUUUGAACUAAUCAGUCAGCUCUUUUUAUUACAUCUUGAGGGAGGUAGCGCUAAAUUAUAAUCCAUUGUGUUAUCGUUUCAAAGUGUUUUUUAUGUAUGUAGGCAAUAAAUGAUAAUACUGACUGGUAAUAGGGAUCAACAAAGAAAUUAGUGGUAAUCUUUUUGAAAGGGUAAUUUUACUUACAGUAUUGACACUAUUUCACUAAUACUUGUGUUUUAAUGAUAUCUAUUGAUACUGUGUAUAUGUGUGAGAAACAGAAUGUUGAAAUCAUCCCAAAAUAAUGGAAUUCUGAUUCUAAUGCGUAAUUCAAAAUUCUUCUGCUGAGGCCAAGAAUAUACUAUCAAUUUUCCCUACGAGACUAAAGCUAUUGCAUUUUACUCCAAAAUGACCUUAAGUAAAAUAAUAGUAGAGGAGUUUUAUACUCAGUAGCACCUCAUAACGGAUUUAGGAGCACAUAAGGAUGCUACUUAACUGGGAUGCUUAUGUCCUUCCAUCAAGAAUGUAUGCAGGGUUUUAGGAUUAAGAGCAGAUCUUGUCUUUUGGUGCCCCUUAUUUACAUAAUAAGCCUGCAUAUCUAAGACCAAAUUACAGUACCUUCUCAAGUGACUAAUCAAGGUGCCCACCUAGUAGGGUUGCUACCUGUCUGGUUUUCACCUGGAAAGCACAUGUUUUGGAAGGGUUGUCUAGGUGAAAACUGCCUGUCCGGAUUUCCGAAUUAGGAUUUCCAGAUAGGACUUGAAUUGAACGUUGCAAUGAUCAGCCGAUUGCUGUUCACUACACCAUAACCUCACCCCUGACAUCAUAGGUCCACCUUUCAAACACCACCUCACCCGCAUCUGCCUGCUUUCUGAUGUCAUUAGCCCUGUCCCCUGUCUGGACCUCCAAGCUGCAAAAGGUGGCAACCCUACCACCAGGGUAGGCAACAAGGGCAAGGAUGUUGGGGACCAUUUUGAAGUACCAGAUGAUCAGACAUCUUAUGGUAUAAAAUAUGCCUAUAUGUUUCAUUCAGUUAUUCUGAAGCCCAUUUUAAAGUCUGACAAGGAUUCAGUCUUUAAAUUACUGUCAACCAUUUAGGGUAAUAUUGAGAUAAAAACUGGAUAUACUUCACCUGGUCCUAAGAGAGGUCUAAAGGGUUAUUAUGAAAAUGCUGAUAAAAAUAUAAAGGAAGGAUUUUUUUAAAAUUUGCUCAUCACUGAAAAUAAUGUAAAUCUAUGUCCACAGUUAGUGCUAUGUCAUUCACUUAGCUAAUAAUAAUAUAUAGUUUCCCCCUUUUUAUAGAACACACAGGUAUAAUAUGCAUAGAUAAGGGUUCUAUAAAACUACCUUUUUGUCAAUACUUUUUAUAACACAGUCUUCCAGUUUGAAAUCAUGUUUCUUUUACUUGAACUGUAUUAACUGCUGAAUUAAUUGUCUAGUGUAUAUGUCUUAUCAAAUGAAGUGCGAGGAGAGCUGCAACGUUUGGGUGUAGGUAUGGGACAAAGCUUGUGAUCUGUGACAAGAUCCUUACUGAAAAUAUUUAGUUCUUAGCACAAAUACAAGGAUGAGUAUUCUGUUUCUUGCCAGACACAUAAAAAAGUUCCAACUCCUGGCAAUUCUGAGGAACUCAAAGGUGAAUUCUGGAAACAUCAGCUCCACAAUAUCUGGAGUUGUGAAGGAUUCCAUGGCUGCACAUUUGUUUUAUCUCCAAGCAAGUUAAACUGAGGACAAGCAUGGGAAUUAAAUAAAAGUAUAAUAUAUUAUUAUAGUAAUCCCUUUAAGCACAUUUGCAGCCUAUACAUACACGCAAAAAUACCAAAAUAUAUGAAAACUGCAAGAGUAGAAUUCCUUUCUGUCUGUAUAGUGGAAAUGCAAGUGCCAGUCCCAGAUACAAUUUUUAAUGUUAUAACUAUUCAUUCCCAUACAUAUUCCAUACUAGAUGGAAUAAUAGUCUUACAUUUUACCUGGUGUAUUUCUUUUCAUAGGCACAUUAUAGUACUAGAAAAACAGUAGGUCCUUAGAAAUCCAGGCUUGUUCCAAAAAACUAAACAGAUUACUUCCUCUGGGUUUAGACAUCCUGUGAGCCAUUUUGAGAGCCAUGAACACCUUUGUCCCAUACCUAUACCUAUUUAGUGUUAACAACUGCUUUAAUUUAUAGUCAUUGACAUGGCUACUAUAAGAAGUAUUUUUUUUCUGGGGCAGGGGUGGGGAAAGAUCAGCACUUUCAGGUAAAAAACUAAAAAAGCAACAAAACACUUUCAUGAACACACAUCCCUCAAGUGCUAGAGAGGUCCAUAAAUAAUUGCCACUUAAUCUGUUUUGGGCAACUCUGUCACAUAGGGGGUUAAGCAACAUAUGUGUCCUUUAUUGGACAUAAAUUUUAUUUUGUAUUUAAUUUUAUUAAAUAAAGAAUGAUCAAACACAUAGAAGGAAGCAGCAGAAGCAGACUGUAAUGAUUUUUUUUCCCUAUAACGAGAACUAAUUAUUAUGUCUAUUUAGUACAUUGCUAUUUUAUGAAACUUUCUAUUGUGACUUUUAUGGAAUCAAGAGAAUGAAGAAAUUGAUAUUUUAGCAUUUAUAUUUUUUGAAAUUAAAUGUAUAUUGAAAAUAAAGUAACUUUAUGAAGU